GUUGACCAGGAGGGGGAGGGCACAGCAAACAGCAGAGUAUUGUGCCCGGACACCAGGCACUGGAAGACACAUUCAAGCACAUUCACACACUGACACUGCCGUGCACGCGAGCGCACGCUUCUGCCCACUGCCGCACAGACUCGCGCUGGCAUCUCAGAAAGCGGCGGCGCAGAGGACGAGCGCUUCUUUCUGCCCUUCACCCCUAGCCUCUGAGACAGAGCGCCUCAGCUCUGCAGGCUGCCUGUUGACUGAACUGAACUCUCAGGGCUAAUUCAGGCGUCCACAGCUGGAAGGACCAGAAAACCAACCUGUGGAACAUCCCCAAAGGGAGCGUGACAGCACAGCGUCCUGCAUCAGAGUGUCCUCGUCUGAACUAAGCUGAACUGAUCACCAUCAUCCCCAAAAACUGUGGGAGCCGAAGUGGACCCCAACUGUUCUGGCAACACAGACUUGUUUUUGCGGGACAAUAAAUCAACCUGAGAUUAAGUUAGGCACUAAAGCGAUCUUUUCAUCAUGGCAACCACUGGCAUGCAGUUGCUGGGCCUCAUCAUGUCCAUUGUGGGCUGGGUGAGCGGGGCAAUAGUCUGUGCCAUCCCUCUGUGGCGCGUCUCUGCCUUCAUUGGCAACAACAUUGUGACGGCUCAGAUAAUCUGGGAAGGUCUGUGGAUGAAUUGCAUAGUGCAGAGCACAGGUCAGAUCCAGUGUAAGGUAUAUGAUAGCUUGCUGGCUCUGCCCAGUGACAUGCAGGCAGCUCGUGGCCUCACUGUGUUCUCUGUCCUGCUCUGUGGUCUUGCCCUGGCUCUGGCGGUCCUUGGAGUCAAGUGCACUAAAUGCAUAGGUGUAAACAGCCUUAAAGCCCGCAUUGCACGCAUCUCUGGUAUUUUUUUUGCCGUCGCCGGUUUCCUGUACCUCGUACCCAUCUGCUGGACUGCCCACUCCAUCAUCAGGGAUUUCUACGACCCGCACGUGGCGGCCCCACACAAGCGUGAGCUCGGCCCAGCUCUCUAUAUCGGCUGGGGGGCCUCAGCGCUGCUCCUCAUCGGGGGAUCCCUGCUGUACGCAGGUUCCAGCCCGCCUGGCAUCCCAGACUCCCCCACCUUCAGCAGUGGAGAAAGCAGUCCCCGCCGGGCCCCUGCAACACAAGUCAAGGGUUACGUCUGAAUGCCCCCAAGCUCCACAAAUCCACUCUAAACAACGACAAACCCGUCUCUACUCUUUUUGAAUUUGAUCCCUGUUGUUCUUCACAUGUAGUGCUACUCCAGAUUUUCUUUGAAAGGCUGAAUAUGGUCAUUUUAAUUUAUUGUAUUAUUUGAUAGCUGAUAUCUUUUAAUAACAACCAUUUUUUCUCUCUGAAAAAUAUAAAAAAAGCAUUUCCUCUGCUGAGGAAAGCGCCCCGUGUUCACAUUUUUACAAAUAUAAAAGUUGACAAAAAAGUA